AUGGCUUCGGAUUCAAUGACAGAUAGCAAAACAAAUAGUCUUUCAAAUAAAUCUUCGAGUCAACCCGACGACGAAGAUAUUACACACAAUGAAAUUAAAGGUUGGUUAUUGAAGAGGGCCAGACUGUCAAGAAAAUGGAAAAAACAAUGGUUUUUGUUGAAAAAUUGUGACUUAUUUUAUGGCAAUAACCCAGAGGAUUCAAGAAAAAAGAUUCCACUUACAAAUGCCGAUAUUUCCGAAACCAGUGUAGACAAAAAACAAUAUGCCUUUAGAAUAAAGAGUAAGGAAGGUGGAAGGACUUAUUACAUACAAGCAGAAAAUGAAAGCAUACAAAAUGAUUGGAUGCAAGCAAUAUGUUUUGCGAAGGCAGCUGGAAUGAAUGGAUCAGCAUCUCAAGCCUGUGUCAUCCAGUAACUGUUUAAUGGUGGUUGGUUGUAUCUUUUGUUUGCUGCAUUUUAGAUGAAAAUUUUUAAACACAAAGGAAUUUAGUCAUAUAAAAGGUAAAUUCUAACUGCCAUCAUUGGAAAGUGAAUCUCAAAAUAAUUACAAAAAUAAUUGACAAAAUUCAACAAAAUGGAUAGAAACUGAAAUUUCAAUAACACUGAACACGAUAUUUUGAUUUCAAAAUUCAAGAUAGAUUGAAAAAGAAAUGCAGCAAACAAAAGAAUCAAAUCUGACAACAAGUGGCUCUAAUUGGUAGAAAAAGUGAUGCAAGGACUGGACAAAAGAGAUGUUGUGAUUGAAGUCGUGAUCAGUGACACAAAUUUGUGUCGUGAAGUGAAGCGAAGUCGUGAUACAAAGUUAGUCGUGAUACGAGG